GAGACUCUGACCUUUGAGGAUGUUGCCGUGACCUUCACCCUUGAAGAAUGGAGCUGUUUGGAUCUUUCCCAAAAGAAGCUCUACAGAGAAGUGAUGCUAGAAACCUAUAGAAACCUGUCCUACAUAGCCCUGAAGUAUUGGCAAGACUGCAUGAACAUAAACAAUGUAUUCAAUGUGGAGAAUCCCUUCAACAGACUCCAGAGAACAUUGUUACACAAUGUAGUGAAGUCUCAUGGAAGGAAACAAAUUGCUAAAGUCUUCACUCCAUCUGGUACCAUUCACAUUCAUGAAACUUCUCACAUUAGUAAGAAACCAUAUCGAUGUAAACAAUGUAAUAAAGCCUACACUCCUUCCAGUAACCUUCAUGUUAAUGAAAGAAUUCACAGUGGAGAAAAACCCUACAAAGCCUAUGCUGAUUCAAGUACCCUUUAUAUUCAUGAAAGAAUUCACACUGGAGAGAAACCCUAUGAAUGUAAGCUGUAUGAUAAAGCCUACAUUUUUUCCAGUUCCCUUCAUAGUAAUGAAAGAACUCACACUGGAGAGAAACUAUAUGGAUGUAACAAAUGUGGGAAAUUCUUCAGUCGUGUGAGUAACCUUCGAGAUCAUGUAAAAAUUCACAGUGGAGAAAAACCAUAUGGAUGUAAACAAUGUGGGGAAGUCUUUGCUCAGGCCCGUUACCUUCGAAUGUUUGUUGUUUUGGCCAUCAUUGCGUGA